UCGCCCGGGUCGCGGGUGGGAGGCGAGGAACGCGGGGCCCUGGUGCCUGGCUGCCCUCCAGGCCUUUGACCCUGGGGACACCCGGGCGGCCGCGCCUCCGGGGCGGGACGAGAGGACCGGCGGCCGUGGCCAUGGGCUCGCGCGGCUCCCGCGCCGCGGUCAUCCCCGACGUGGACAGCAUCCGGCGGGAGACGGGCUUCUCGCAGGCCUGUCUGCUCCGCCUGUACCACCGGUUCCGGGCACUGGACAGGAACAAGAAGGGCUACCUGAGCCGCAUGGAUCUCCAGCAGAUUGGGGCGCUGGCCGUGAACCCCCUGGGAGACCGCAUUAUAGACAGCUUCUUCCCGGACGGGAGUCUGCGAGUGGAUUUCUCAGGCUUUGUCAGGGUCCUGGCUCAUUUUCGACCUAUAGAAGAGGAGGACACAGGGAUGCGAGACCCCAAGCAACCUGAACCCCUCAACAGCAGAAUGAACAAACUUCGCUUUGCAUUUCAGCUCUAUGACCUGGAUCGAGAUGGGAAGAUCUCCAGGCAGGAGAUGCUACAGGUUCUCCGGCUGAUGGUUGGGGUACAGGUGACAGAGGAGCAGCUGGAGAGCAUCACUGACCGCACGGUGCAGGAGGCCGACGAAGAUGGGGACGGGGCUGUGUCCUUCCUGGAGUUCGCCAAGUCCUUGGAGAAGAUGAACAUCGAGCAAAAAAUGAGCAUCCGGAUCUUGAAGUGACUGAUUAUGUGCCUUCGACUAGCUCAGGCAGACCAGUAUCUACCUGGGAUUCACCCUCAGCCCCCGCGGACACAGGGCCCCAAUAAACUGUAUUCUUACUUCUAAACUGAACUCUAUUUAGGGCCAAGGAAAGAAAGCUGGAAGGGUGUGUACUAAAGUCCAGCUCGUUUGAUCUCAGAUCUGUGAAUCAGCCAGCAAGCUUUUGGUUGCGAAUGACUAAAAACCCAACUCAAUGUGACUUAAGUAAAAAAGGGAUUUUAUAAUAUGAGCUCAUGUAAUUAAAAAGCCUGGAAGUAUCUGUCUUCAGGUGCAGCUGGGCCCAAGGGUGCAAAUCAUGUUCUCAAGAGUCAGUUAUUCGCCAUCUCUCAACUUGGCUUUCUUCUAUGUUAGAUUCAUUCUCAAGAAGGCUCUUUCCUCGAGGUGGGGAAUGGCCGCCAGCAGCUCCAGGCUUCCAUCCUGCUAGCAUCGUAAUCUGGUGGGAAGAGAUUUUCUUAUUCCAGUAAUCCCAAGCAAAGAGUAUCAUUGGCUGGGUCUGGGGGCCUGUCCCCAUUUCCGGGGGAAUGGAACACUCUCAUGGACUGGGCCUGUGUCAUGUGCUGAUUCCUAGAGCUAGGAAAUAAAGUCUGAGGACAAAG